AUGGAGUACAAAUUAGCAGAGAUUCACGAAAUCAGCACUUUAUCUCCAGCAACACAAAUAGCAGUUAGAGGUUUAUAUGCAAAUAUAAACCCGUCUUUAGCCUCCCUUUAUCCUCUGUUUAGCUCUGAGAAGUAUUACUAUCACCAUGGCGUGUAUUUAGGCAAUGGUAAAGUGGCUCACAUCGCCGGGGAAAACAAAGCUGACGCAAAACCGUGCAUAUGUGAUUUACAUCAAUUCUGGAAGGGGGCAUUGGAUGGGAAACUAUAUCGAGUUGAAUUUCACAGCUCAGUGGAGAUACUGCCUGUUGAAAAAACGUUGACCAAAGCGCAAGAAGUGUUAGCAGACCCUUCGAAAUGGCCAGGGUAUCAGCUCCAUAACAACAACUGUGAAACGUUUGCUACAUGGCUUACAACGGGAAUUCAUAGGUCUGCUCAAGUCACUCAAGCAGUUUCGUUUGCAGUAAAUAACGCUAUUGGCAGCCUCGAACGCAUAUUUCGUGGAUGA